AUGGACCAAGGAAAAUGGCUUUGUGAUAUGAUGGAGUAUGAUUUGAUGGUGGGGACGCUGUACACUGUGGCACAAGAAUCAUCACAAAGCAGCAGUAAAGGCUUAGCUACAGUCGAAAAUGUAGCAAGAAAGCAAAGUGACCGUAAAUGCAUCAGCAACGAGAUUCCGCAGUUCGUUGUCAUUCGUGAUCAAGUACAUAGCACUUACAAGCACCCUAUCGUUCAUUACGUUUUUGAAGAUGAGCCGUUUCCUGAGGUUCCCAAGGAUAACCUCAUCAUGGUCGACCUGGACGAAAAUGCACAACUUGGUAAAGUUGAGAGCUACAGUCCACAUUUCCAAGUAACCAACUGUCGGCUCGAUCACAACAGUACUGUAUACGACCAGUUUGAAGGAGAUCACGACGGAUCGGGUCUCAUGACGAUUGAGGGUGUAUCUGCACCUCGAGCGUAA